AUGGCGAACUGUACUUAUAUCGCACGCACGCUUGCAUCGGGAGCGGCCAUCGAAGAUCUGAUGAUACAGGCCAAGAAGAUUAAGUACGACGUCAUCGGGCUGACCGAGACGAGACGACGUCACAGUCUCAACGCCGUGUAUGAAACUGCAGAAGAACUGUUCUUAGGAAAAUGCGACAGCAGAGGUGUUGGUGGAGUUAGCGUCCUCGACACGACUAUGGCAAUAAACAUCGACUCUUUCAAACAACUUACGACCCGAAUCGGACGUCUGCGGAUGAGAAGGUGUGGUCCAACACCAGCUUUGACAAUCUUCGUCAUUUACGCUUCCACAUCAAGCUACAGAGAAGAACAAAUUGAAGCUUUCUGUAUGGGCCUGGAGAAGUUCUGCAGAGAAGAUCAUGCCCUUUACAGGGUCAUAAUUGGCGAUGUCAACGCCAAAGUUGGUCCAAGAAGAACGGCUGAGGAACUUCACAUCGGGACCCACGGCGUACGACGGAAUGAGCAGAGAGAGAGGCUCUCCUAG